AGAUCUGGGGAGCAUCCAGCAGGCAGCCUCCACAGUCCGGAGAGCAUGAAACAGUCGGGAACAUAAACAACUCCAUGUGCCACUGACACUGCCAACGAAUGAUCAAGGCUCAGGCCCUGAAAGGACCAACAUUUGACCAGCUUGGUUUGGACACCUGGCAAAGACCAGGUUCUGAGAAGCAACGGUGAUGAAGGCCUUUGUCCUGCUGGUCAUCUUUGCAGAAGCCUCUGCGAAAUCGUGCACGCCAAAUAAAGCAGAUGUCAUUCUUGUGUUUUGUUAUCCCAAAACCAUCAUCACCAAGAUCCCCGAGUGUCCCUAUGGAUGGGAAGUUCAUCAGCUGGCUCUCGGAGGCCUGUGCUACAAUGGGGUCCACGAAGGAGGUUACUACCAAUUUGUGAUUCCAGAUUUAUCACCUAAAAACAAGUCCUAUUGUGGAACCCAGUCUGAGUACAAGCCACCUAUCUACCACUUCUACAGUCACAUCGUUUCCAAUGACAGCACAGUGAUUGUGAAAAACCAGCCUGUCAACUACUCCUUCUCCUGCACCUACCACUCCACCUACUUGGUGAACCAGGCUGCCUUUGACCAGAGAGUGGCCACUGUUCACGUGAAGAACGGGAGCAUGGGCACAUUUGAAAGCCAAUUGUCUCUCAACUUCUACACUAAUGCCAAGUUCUCCACCAAGAAAGAAGCUCCCUUUGUCCUGGAGACAUCCGAAAUCGGUUCAGAUCUGUUUGCAGGAGUAGAAGCCAAAGGGUUAAGCAUCAGGUUUAAAGUGGUGUUGAACAGCUGCUGGGCCACUCCCUCUGCUGACUUCAUGUAUCCCUUGCAGUGGCAGCUGAUCAACAAGGGCUGCCCCACGGAUGAAACCGUCCUCGUGCAUGAGAAUGGGAAAGAUCACAGGGCAACCUUCCAAUUUAAUGCUUUCCGGUUCCAGAACAUCCCCAAACUCUCCAAGGUGUGGUUACACUGUGAGACGUUCAUCUGCGACAGCGAGAAACUCUCCUGCCCAGUGACCUGCGAUAAGCGGCAGCGCCUCCUGCGAGACCAGACCGGGGGAGUCCUGGUGGUGGAGCUCUCCCUGCGGAGCAAGGGAUUUUCCAGUCUCUAUAGCUUCUCAGUUGUUCUGCACCACCUCAUCGUGAUGUUGGGGAUUUGUGCUGUGUUAUAGGAGUUAGCCGGGCAGCUCCACUCCUCCACCCACAAACAUCCUCAGCGAAUGACAAACACGUUUCUUGUGCUGCCAAAAGAACAAACAGAAGAGCAGAGAAUAGCACUUUGCCAAAUAUGCGUUCCAAUCAUUUCUGUGAAUUCGGUGAUGGUUUUCUCUUCCUAAGGAAAACUGAGACCACUUCCUGUGGCCCUUAGCUCCCACAGUCCUUCUAAAGCUGGGGAGGAGCCUCCUUUCUCUAUACUCAAGUCAGGGUUGCAGUGAAUUCCUUUGAAAGCUAUUUUAACUUUAAAAGGUUAGCAGAUCCAGCCAAGUACUGCUGAGCAUUUUGAAGAGAAUGUAGGGUGCAACUACAAAGUCAAUGCUAAAUAUAGAACGCACAUUAAUAGCCGACUUUGCCUCCAAAGGGGCUUUGUCAUUGAGGCAGUAUCAUUCUACCUAAGGACCAGAGCUGAGUCCCCCGGCAGGGGGUUCCAGCCUUUUGAUUGAUGACGUGGGAGAUGACAUGGGAAUCGGUGAAAUACAUUAGCUUUGCUCAAACCUAAUGAUAAAAAGGAAAUGGAUUCUUGAAAGCCCCUAGUACUGACCUAAUGUGUUUCUAUUAUACAGUUUGUUAAAUACAGAAGUAUAAUAUAGGUAUAAACUCCUUGUUUUUAUAGCUGAUAUGUACUUCUAAAGUCAGAAGGAAAUCACAAAUUAAAUAGGAAUAUUUGCAAAAAGAAUAACCACAAGAAGAAUACGACUCACAUUAAUUUAACCUAAUAAUGUGGCAUUGCCCCAGUGAAACUGCUGCUGGAAACAUGACCAUGAAGUGACUUCCUAUGACACAGGUGCUAUGAGUUUGGUGACCCAGUCCUACAAAUAAAUGCCUUGUGACGCUCAAUGCUCACUAUUUUUUCUCUGUUUGCUUUACUACAAAGUUUCCAUUUAUAAGAAAUGGUCUGACCUCAUUUAGCUUUUACUUAAACAUGGAAGCUGACAUCUGCGUUUGUCUCUUUCACUUAUGAUCAUUGGAAUGAAGCCCACACACAAUCAGAAACGCAAAUGCAAAAACAGCCAAUGAAACUAUGCAGCAGCACAUAUUGGUAACUGGCCACCUCAGUGAUCCAGAAUAUGCCCAUAUAAAUGAUUUACAUUGUCAGCAAAAUUAAAACUGUAUCAACCAAUUCUGGUAGAGAAUGGGCUGGAUUGUGAUCAGAAAAGGCAGAGUUCUAAGUUCUUUUCUUAGUUAUGUAAAGAGUUAAUUUAGUGAGCUUAUGAUUUGAAAACAACACAUCGGUUUGUCUCUCAGUAUUUAAUAUAUUUGAGAAGUUUUGCCAUCUGCAGUUUGAUGAUUCUUUUACAACUUGUUUUAGUGAACUCAGAAAUUAAACUAGUUAUGAAAUCUCCGGAUACAUGAAGUGUAUGUUCGUUUAGCAAUAGGCUACGGUAAAAGGACUCAAUAUAGUCUAGACUUGGUCUCUAAGCUGGAGUUCCAACCAGUUUAGAAUCUCUUCUUUCUGUAAAUUUAGAGUUUUUGUAGUCAGGAGAAACAGAAGAUACAUUUUAUUGGUUCUAGUAGAAAACUCUUAAAUAGCAUAUGCAUAGCCAUAUUCAAAUCCUUGGCUGUCAGAAUAAACCAAUGUGGUAUUAGUUUUGCUGUAUUUUAUCAUGGUGUUUUAUGAUCUUGUACAUCUACCUGGUGCUGUGGAAUAAAUAAAAUGCCUUCAAAUAAAUAA